AUUAAGCGUUAAUUCUCUUGGGAUUUUAAAAGCACUAUAAUAAAAAGGGACAUAUAGCAAAGACAAUGGCUGACGACGCAUCAUCAUCCGUGACUUCAAAGAAGGAGGCAGCAGUGCUAAAGGACACCAGUCUCGCUGUGCUGUCGAGGGAGCUUGGGGCCGUAGACAAAUACAGCGGAUUAAUGCUCGGAAUGUAUCUAAAUGUCCCUACCACAACAAUCGUCAACAUCGCUAACGCUGCAUCAGACGAAGGGUACAGUGACGUCAGCGACAGAACCCGGAUUGACACUACACAGAAAAUACUGCUCACAUGGAAAGACUCUUGGAAAGACAUGCGUCCAAAGAUAAAAGAGCGGGAAAAAGUGAAAGAACUUGCACGAGCAGUAACUGAGAUGGGAAAGUCUGAAAUGGCAUCUGUGAUUACCGAAAAACACGCAGAAAACGCAGAACUGACGGCGGAUGCUUUCGUUGGACUCACGUCAUGAUUCUGAGUGUUAGACCUAAAAUAUUCAAUAUCUCAGGAAUUUCCACUCAUCCUGAAAAAAGACCCCUCAAUUUUUUCACCUUUAUAUUUGGUGUUAUUGCCAAACCAUUUGUACUGUGAGCCAAAGAUUGUCCAAGUCCUUUUAAUUAAGUUUUGAACAAAUUAAGUGCAGGUUUCAUCAUGUAGGCAACGCUUAUUCUGUAGUGCCGUCCAUUUUCGAUUCAGGCAUAUUAUUCUGUUUUUACUGCAACAUAUAAAAAUACUGUAUUUAUCGGUAGCUAAAUAUGUUUGCAAAUACUGUUUUGUUUGAUAACAAUUCUUAUCGAUAAAUAGCUUGUGUAGUCUAUUCA